UGGAAGCAGGAAUUGCAACGGUCGAAAACCCGUUGUGCAGUAGUAAAUGCGAGCGAAGCGCAGGGGUGUGCAAUGAGCAGAAUUUGUUCCUUUUAACGUUCCUUCUUCCUUUUUCUCUCUCAUCUCAACGUUAUUAUACUUACAACAAUCCAUUCAUCCAUCUUUCAUUUUCUCUCUCCAUCUUCAUCUUCUUCUUCUACAUUAGUAAAGUAGCUACCUAGCUACUAGAAAAAAACAAUGGAGCCUGCAAAAAUAGACUGGAACAAUCUAGAUUCUGUAUUCAUAGUAGAUCAAGUUUACGAAAACAUCAAUGCUCCUCAAUUUGUUGAUUUCUUAUCCUCUACUUCUCCUCAACCUGACGACGUCGCUUGGUUCUGUCGUUCUGAUUGUAAGCAUCCAACUACUGCUCAAGAUUUCCUCAAAUCCACCCCUACUUCCAAGCUAUUGCGUUCGGUUAGUGUUUCCAAGCUAAUUGAUUGGACACGCAGGGAAGGUACUAAUUUGAAGAGGCGUGGUGGAGUUAAUCAAUUUUCUAAUCAGGAGGAUACUGAGAAUCAAAACCCUAAUUUGUCAACUCCUCAGAAUCAAAUUAAGCAUUUUAAUCAUGAUUAUAAAGCUGUUAUUAAGUCUAGUGCUGAAAAAGAUGAGUAUUCUGAGAUUAUGCUUAAGAGUGAUGAUAAACCUAGGUUAAACACUACUCAAUCUGCUAAGGAUUUGGGGAUUGGAUUGGAUUUUUUCGGUAAAAUUACCGAUUUCUGUAACGAGUUGAAGAAGAUGACAGGAACUAUUAAAGAGACAGAACAUGAUAGCUCGGUUAAACCAUUAGUAGGUGUACAAGAUGAUCAUCUUUUGGACAAGGAAAGGAAACCUUUGCUUCAGGUUAGACUUGAAUCUACCAAUGCGAAACCUAAGUUCCGGAGCAACAACAACAUCUUGAGACCUCAAGACGCAGAGAACAUCCCUGUUUCUCUAGAUAUCAACAAUAUAAAGGGCCAGCAAAAGAUUUCAUCAAUACAGAUGAACCCUCCUACGCCGCAAGGUUUUUCAGCCACUCGCGAUCCGAUCAAGGGAACGCCUCCAAAGGGUCCUAAAUCAAGGCUCCUGAAGGAGAGACAGAUUUUUCAAGAAUUGGAGCAGAGUAAGACACUGAGGGAAGAGCUCGAAGAAAGGAGCGAUAAUGGGAAUGCAUCUCUUGUUGCUACGCCUACGCCUGCGCCUGCCCCUGCCAAAGAAGGAAGAGCAUUGGAUGUCUUUUGGUUUUUGAAGCCCUGUACACUUUCAAGCUAAUCAAACACAAUUUUAGGCACUCAUCAUUCAUUUCAUUUCAUUCCAUUCAAUUUGUCAAAUAGUCAUACAUCUAUAGCUUUCUCAAUUCUUUCAUUAUUCAUUUGUGAUUAUGAUCUAAUAAUAAAGAUAAACUAUUUCAAACAUUGUACUC